UAAGCUAAAAAAAAAAAGGAGGAAAACUCAAACUCAACUCUCUCUCUCUCUCUCCGCCACCCAACAGCAAAUUAUACACAUCUGCAGUGCACGUGCUUCUUCUCCUCCUUUCUCCUUCCUUCCCUCUCUGCAAUUCUCAUUAACACACAGACAAUACACAAAAGAGAAGGAAGCAAAACACAACACAUAUUAGCUCAGAACGCAACAAAUUAUUGAAUUGAAACAACAAAAUCUCCUGUAUGCAUGACGACGUCGUAGCGAAACAAACAAAAGAAAUAGAGAGAUCUAAAUGCACGCAUACAAUAGGUUACCGAGCAGCGGCCACACAACACCAUCACCACCGCAAUCGCCGCUACGUUCACCUAGGUAUCGCAGUAGUAGCCGCUCUAACAAGCGUUUUACGCCGGCGUCUUCGUCGCCCUGGUCACACACGCCUGGCGGUGGUGGUCGGACAAUAGCUCACCGUCUAGCUUGGCUUUUACUUUCCGUUCUUCUCCGUCGACAAGGAAUUUUCCUUUUUGCCCCUCUUAUUUAUAUAUCUGGUAUGCUUUUAUACAUGGGAACGGUGUCGUUUGAUGUUGGUCCUGUUAUUCAACAUAAACCUCCUCCUGGUUCUGUUUAUCGGAGUCCUCAACUUUAUCAAAAACUCCUUCCUGAAAUGGACGCCGAUAAUUCCUCUGCUGAUGCGUUAUCAACCAUUUGGAAAAAUUCAUAUAAAGGCGGUGGAUGGAGAUCAUGUGUAAACAAGUCCUCAGGAGGCCUACCUGAAUCAAAUGGGUACAUAUAUGUUGAGGCUAAUGGUGGCCUGAACCAGCAGAGAACAUCGAUAUGCAAUGCAGUUGCCGUGGCAGGCUAUUUAAAUGCAACACUUCUAAUCCCAAAUUUUCAUUUUCAUAGCAUCUGGAGAGAUCCCAGCAAAUUUAGAGACAUUUAUGAUGAAGAGUAUUUCAUCAGUACCUUGGAAAAUGAUGUGCGGGUGGUGGAUAAGAUUCCUGAAUAUCUUAUGGAGCGCUUUGAUCAUAACUUGACUAAUGUCUACAACUUUAGAGUGAAAGCAUGGUCAUCCAUUCAGUAUUACAGGGAUGUUGUCCUCCCAAGGCUACUGGAAGAAAAGGUUAUAAGGAUUUCUCCUUUUGCGAAUCGUUUGUCAUUUGAUGCUCCCCCAGCUGUCCAAAGGCUCAGAUGUCUGGCAAAUUAUGAAGCCUUGAGGUUUUCAAAUCCCAUUUUAACUCUGGGAGAAGCUCUAGUUGGAAGAAUGAAAGAACGCAGUGUGAACCAUGGUGGAAAAUAUGUUUCUGUGCAUCUUCGCUUUGAGGAGGACAUGGUUGCUUUCUCUUGCUGUGUAUUUGAUGGUGGAGAACAAGAAGAGAAAGACAUGAGAGCAGCCCGAGAAAGAGGUUGGAAAGGAAAAUUUACAAAGCCGGGUCGUACCAUUCGUCCUGGAGCAAUCAGGCUCAAUGGGAAGUGCCCCCUUACUCCUCUAGAGGUAGGCUUGAUGCUGAGAGGAAUGGGUUUUGAUAAGAACACGUAUAUUUAUUUGGCAUCUGGAAAGAUAUAUAAUGCUGAAAAAUAUAUGGCCCCGUUGUUGGAAAUGUUUCCAAAUUUGCUAACUAAAGAAAUGCUGGCAUCCGAAGAUGAACUUGCUCCCUAUAAAAACUAUUCUUCUAGGAUGGCUGCAAUAGACUACACUGUUUGUCUUCACAGCGAGGUAUUUGUGACAACUCAAGGUGGAAAUUUUCCUCAUUUUCUGAUGGGCCACAGGAGGUUUUUGUACGGCGGACACUCCAAGACGAUACGACCAGACAAGCGAAAGUUAGCUUUGCUCUUUGAUAAUCCAAACCUUGGAUGGAAGAGCUUCAAGCGGCAUAUGCUGAAUAUGCGGUCUCACAGUGAUUCCAAAGGAUUUGAACUCAAAAGGCCAAAUGAUUCCAUAUAUUCCUUUCCCUGCCCAGAUUGCAUGUGUCGUAUGAACAAGACGGAAUCAAGAUCAUCAGCUACGUGAUCUGAUUGGAGAGAAUUUGAUGGUUGGUUAUUCUAUUAAUUAUUUGAUGAGCACAUCUUGCUGCUGACCCCCAUUUUUGCGUGCUGUAAUUCUUUCAUUUUUUUCCCCUUUCCUUGUGGCGAGGGAAACAAUUCAAUUUUGGGAGCUUCAAAGAUUUAUUGGAGAUUGAAUUGAUCCGAGCAUUUCCGCGAUUGGACAUCAUAAGGGGGAACUGCAUCUUUUUGUACACGAUGCGGGAGAACUUGAAGGAGGAUAUUCUUUCAUUGCAGGAAUUACCCGGGUAUUAACUGAGCAUUGUUUUCAUACGUACUGCUGCAGCUGCUGUAUCUAACAAGCUGUAAAAUGGUACAUUCAAUUCUUUUAUACCCUGGUUUCGUCGUGCUUGUAAAUUUGUUGGGUUUGAUCCAGUGUAGGACUUUAGAAACAGGAUGAUGAAGUUUGUGUACAUUCAUCAAAUCAGGGUAUUGAUUUUUCAGGCGGUCGUUUUGUUUUUUCUAUACCAUAUCAUGUUUGUAAUUAUUCUUACUACUACAUUAUUCUUUACUCUCUCAAAAGAAUUAUUUGUGCUAUCUUUCGACA